AUGGCUGAAUAUAUGCAGCGGCUGAUGGCCAACAAGCAAACGGAGGUACAAAAAUUCACGAAAAACUGUAGAAAUGAUGAUUUUUGUUCAGAAGAAACCCAUGAAUGAGCCGAUUCAAGUGAAAAAUGAAGUCGAGGUGACUUUUGGAGAUGAAGUUGAUUUGGACGUCGGCAGUGGAAAAGGCAGCGACUCGGAUUGGUGAUUGAAAAAUAAUUGUAUUUUCUGUAGCCAUUUUCAUUUUUUGCACUCAGGGAUCCAUUUUUUCACUUAAAAGUUAAUGGCAGAUUUUUGGCUCUCAUAUCAUAUCAAUUUAUUGCUUCGAUUGAAAAAAGAAACGUAUUUUUCAAUAGUUUCCUGUUAAGAAAGAUUUCUUGAAAGUUUCUACACCUGCGUUUUUCUAAAAUAAGUCAUUAAGGAUUUUUUUCAGUUUCAGGCUUUUUACUAUGAUUUUACAUAUCGCAUGAUUUUUUUAACUUAUUUACUCUUUUAUUUGUCAAAUACAAUACUUUCUUGUUUCCGUGAAGUUGCUCAUAUCAUUCUGAUUUUAUCGAUACUUUUGUGCACAAUUUAAAUUUUGUCAUUUUUUUACAAGAUCUCUCUCGAAACUUAGUGAUCUCUCCUUUUUAUCCUUCAUAAUUUCUAAUUCUUUUUUUAAUUUUUUUCGCACUCAAGUAUUUUUUUCUACUGCAUUUCUUGUAUCACCUGCUCCUGUAUUUUUUUUUUGAAUGUCUUUCAUUUUUAAAAAUAAAUAUAAUAUAAUUAUUUUUUUCAGAUGGAGUUGAAGUUGCAGUCUGAUCAAUGUGAUGCUUGGAUUGAAUUCCUAUUUUAUUUUUGAUUUUUAAAGAGUAGCUUAAGUUCAACUGAAUAUUUAAUUGAAGCAAAAUCAUUUUUAUUAUGUUAUUGAUUUUCAACUGGAAAUUUUAGUUUUUUGAUGCGACGGAAUCGUUUUUUUCUCAUCGUAUUUGUAACAUGCCUUUUCAUUUAUCUCAUCGUUCAUUGUGAGUUAUCUUUUUCAAAAGAAGUGUUCAAGAAUCUCCGCUGGAGUGUUCAAAGGCAAAAAUACACUUUUUUCCGCUUGGAGACCUUUUUGUAGAUAUCCCAUGCUCCUUUAAUGCAGUGUUUGAAGUAAUUUACGCAAAAUGCAAAAUUAUAUCUGGCUCUCCAAAAUUUAAUUAUUGGCGUGUUCAUCGGAAAAAACGAAAAUUGCUUCGAAACGCAAAAAAAUUGCUCCAAACAAAAUUUAGUACUGUUUUGGAGCAACUUUGAUGCGCCGAUGAACACGAUUUUUCGUUUUGAAGCACGCCAUUUGUUUUUCUUUUUCUUACGGUUAUUUUGGAUUUUGAGGAAUCACUUUGAACACGGCAUGAACAUUUCAGCGAGUUAUUUUGAACAGAAUAUCGCCCAUUUUCUGUUUUAAAUUCAUUUUCAGUGAACAGAAGAAAAGAAAAAGUAAAAGGCAGCGAAUAUGAUAGGCCAGUACGUGGUCUGGAACACAUUCCGGCCAUUUUCCGGGAGUAUUGCCAGUUCUUGGAAUACGGAGUAAAUGGAGAUGAAGGCGAAGAUUUUACCUUUUACGAGGGAGAAGAAGGACGUCGGCUGAAACUUCGAGCAGUUGUUGUAACUUUUCGGCAUGGCGAGAGGUUCGUUAAAGAACUAAUGAUCAUUGCUUUUUUUUAGAAAUGGAAUUGGAAGCCAUUUAUUUUUUUGAUUAGAGUGAUUUUCAUACGAGUUGAAGUUUCUGGAAGACAAAUAAGUAUUGUAUUGAUUUUUUAUUAUUUUUUUUCGAGGAAUUGUUCGAUUUCUUUCAAACAAGCUGUUUUCGGAAUUAAUGUUCAAAGUAAUUCCCGCGAAAUCCAAAUUUAUCUCUGGAUCUCCGAAAUUCAGUUAUCUUUUCCCCUCUCUGAUGGCCAUUUGGAUUUCGCGGAAUUAUUUUGAACGCAGCAUAAAAAGUACUAUUACUAAAGAUAUCUUAUUUUAAUUUCAAUUCGUAUUUUUCCUGCCUAAACUUGACGAAAAAUUAUUUCAUUCCAGAUCUCCAAUGCACGAAAUACAAGACGAGUUGGCUUGCGCUCCAGUGAGGAAUGUUGACCGAACUCGGUUCGCACGCUACAAGGAGCUCAUGGAAUCCGAUGAAUAUAUUGAUUACUUCAAAGUUGAUGAGAAGCUAAAGAACUAUCCAAGGGUUCCGGAUAGGUUCGUAGAAAAAGUUUAAUCAUAGACAAAGUCGGAAAGGGUGGAGAAAGGCUCCAUAGAAGUGUUCCUUUUAGGGUGACGAAGGGUCCUUUUUUUGAAGGCUCGAUAAAGGGACUCAUUUUGGUGCCUUCCCGCGGCCUUUUUUGAGCCUCCCGCUUUUGACGGCCAAUAUUCACCAUUUCGGCUUUGCCCGAGAUAUUUCUCCGUAAAUUCGAUAUUUGUGAAACCGGGAACAAUUUCCAGAGUAAAAGCCGAAAAGUUGACUUUUAUCAAGCUUUCACUGUUCAAAAAUAGGUGGUAUGAAAAAAAGACCAGCGAAAAUUCAAACUUUAGGGAACUUUCCGACGAAAUUUUUUCCGACUUUUUUUCUCGAUAAAAUCUUCGUUUUAAAUAUUCCUAUGUAAAGUAGGUAGUUGGUUCAUGAUUAAAACACAAAGAAAUAGGAAAAAAAAAUGGUUAUAGAUGUUUUAUAAACCGAAAAACAUAAGGGAAAAAAAGUCGGAAAGGGAUCCGUUGGAAAGUUCCCUAGCGAUACGAAAAAAUCGGAAAAGUCGCCGUUUGAAUUUUCGCUGGUCUUUUUUUCAUACCAUCAAAAAGGCUCCAUAGGAAUAAUGCUUUUUUGCUGCCUUUUUACGCCAUUUCAUCGGCUUUUAUAGACCAUUUUUGCUGCUUCUUCCUUUUUUCACCAUUUCUUGAGUCUCUCAAAUCCCAGAAGAAAUGUAAGGCUUGAUAAAGGGACUCUUUUUGCUGCCUUUUUUUUUCUAGCCUCUCCCUUUUAGCGGCCAUUAUCCACCAUUCCGACUUUGCUGUAUUCAUUUUUAUCGUCACUUUAAAAGUGAAUAAUAUAAAUUUUUUUCUUCUUCAGUUCAAUAUGCGCCCCAGGAAUGUUAACCGCAGAAGGGGCCCUUCAACACGUGAGACUUGGCCGAUUUUUCCGUAAAGCUUAUCAAAAUUCCAAGCUUUUUCUUCAUGGUUUGCUUUGCUUGAAUUUCGCUAAUCGAGACGAAUUUUUAGACGAAGGCUACCGUAUCAACGCUACUGUAGUCACUUCACAGUACGCAAGAACUUUACAAUCGGCUCUCGCUUUUUCUUCGGAAUUCUUGUAUAAAUUGAGCGAAUUUGUUCCGAGUGUCUUUGUCAAGGUGAUAAGUUUUAUAUAUUCAUCGUUUUCAAACUAUUUUUUUAAAUCACAAUGUUUAAAAAAAUGAUUUUUUUCAAGAAAUCUCUCAUUUUAUUUUGGGAUUAUUCAUUAGUUGGAAAGAAAAUGGGUUCAGAAAAAAAUGAAUCUUUUAUGAUUUCGUCACGGUUAAUUUUAUAUAUUUCAAGCUGUAGCACUUAAUUUUUUUCAUAUAAAAAAAUCGAGUAAAAAAAUGAUUUAUAAAAUAUUAUUUUUUUAAAAGAUUCGAAUCACUCAAUUUCAGUGUGAAAUACCUAAAAUGAAUUUUUCUAAAUUUUUCGUAGCUAAAUCCCUAUAGGGGUAAAUUAAAGGUAGUCCCUAUAUGGCCUUAGGAUCUGAUCCCUUAGGCCCUAAAGCUUAAGUUGUCCCUCUAGGGAUCUUUCAAUUUUCUUCAAAAAACGCUUAUUUAUUCAGUUUUUCGCAUGGGAAUGCUUCUUCUCUUGGAAUUCACAACAUUCAUCGACUAGCAUGUCCCCUAAAGGAACCACUUUUGCAAGCUUUAGUGGCCCCUAGGGGUUUGUAAAGUGGUCCCUAGAGGGAACCCUUCGAAGACCCUUAAGUUUGCCCCUAUAGGGAUUGCUCUGGAGUUCCUAAUUAGCUUUGAUUCGAUUUUCAUUGUGUUUCAACAGUUGAAAGGUUUCGAUAAUCAUUCUUCGAAAAAAGGUAUUAUUUUAAGUGAAGUUCAUUUCUAAUUUCUCUAUUUAUUUCCAUUUGAAGGCUGCCCGUCAUACUCACCAAUGUGUAGAUGAUUUUUGUGAUUGCCCGCUUUCGAAAGAGAUGCGAGAAAAAUAUGAAGAGGUUAUCCGCGCAAUUUUUAGUUUUUGAGAACAUAUUUUUAGGAACUACUAGAAUAUAUGGAGAAGGAUCCGUUUUCCCGCGAAAAGAUCGCCCCGAUUGUCAAGGUUUUCCAUGAGUUUGGGUGAGAAUCGACAAUUUUUCCAAAAUUCCGAAAAAUCGGAGACAAGAAAUACCGAGUAAACCCCUUGAAAGUCGAAAAAAUUGAUUUUUCUUUGAAGAUUUUCGAAUUUUCCAAUCAUUUUUACUUGAUUAUAAAACUCUGUGAAGUGAUUCUGAAUCAAUUUUCGAUAAUUUUGAACCGAAAAUUUUCCAGAAAUUACUCCGAACCACUGCAUAUCCUUGACGUCUCGUUGGGCAACUAUAUAUGUAGGAAAAAAAGUUUGCCUUGUCGAGGCGAUUUGUGUCUGGAUUUUAACCUUCUCAAGGAGGUUUGUUUCAUUAGCGCAUAAGAAAAAUGGUAUGAAUUCCAACAAGCUAAAAAAAUUUACGUUCAAAUUUCUGUCUCGGGCAAAGUCGGAUUGGUAGAUACUGGCCGCUAGAAGGGAGAGGCUCAGAUAGGCUGCAGAAAGGCCCCAAAAAGGCAGCAAAAAGGCCCCAAAAAGUCCCCGAAAAAGCAGCAAAAAGACGGAAAAAAGGCUCCAAAAAGGCCACAAAAAGGCAGCAAAAAGACUGAAAAAAGGCUCCGAAAAGGCAGAAAAAAGGCCCCAAAAAGGCAGCAAAAAGGCCCCAAAAAUGCAGCAAAAAGGCCCCAAAAAUGCAGCAAAAAGGCCCCAAAAAGGCAGCGAAAAGGCCCCAAAAAGGCAGCAAAAAGGCAGCAAAAAGAGUUCCUUUAUCGAGCCUUCCAUUUUUUCUGGAAUUUUAAAGGCUCAAGAAAAAGUGGGAAAAGAAAGAAGCAGCAAAAAUGGUCCAUAAAAGCCGAUAAAAUGGCGCAAAAAGGCAGCAAAAAGGAACAUUUUUAUGGAGUUUUUUCCUAUUUUUUCUGGCUUUGCCUGUGGUUGAGCUGAACAGAAUGAAAAAAAUAAAAUAUUUUUAUAAAAAAAUAUAUUUGUAAAGCGAGAAGUUUUAAAAAGAUUUUUGUGAACUAGACGUUGAUUGGGCUUUUUUUCAAUCGAAAAAAAGUGCAGAAUUCUUUUUUACGUUCAAUUUUUUUGAUCUUUUUAAAGUCUAAUUAGCGGUAUUUUCAUGAAUUUUUUUAAAGUUGAAUUAAACAUUGCUGCAAGAUUAUCUAAUUCUAUCUGAUGGAAAAUUAUUCCCUCCUGGAAAUUAUCGUUUCUUUCACCUUCAUAGGCAUAGUCGGAAAGGGUGGAAAGAGGCUCCAGAAAUGAUCCCUUUUUCUGCCUUUUUGCGCCAUUUCAUCGGCUUUUAUGCACCAUUUUUGCUGCCUCUCCCUUUUUUCACCAUUUCUUGAGUCUUUGAAAUCCUGGAAAAAAUGGAAGGCUCGAUAAAGGGGCUCUCUUUGUUGCCUUUUUUGAGCCUUUUUGCAACCUUUUUUGAGCCUCUCCCUUUUAGCGGCCAUUAUCCAACAUUCCGACUUUGCCAAAGUUCAAAUUUUCUGUUGAGCUGAAUAAAUUAAAGAAAAAAAUAAUUUUUUUCAUAAAUGCUAUUGAUCUCUGAUAAAAGGAGCAAAAUAUUAUGUUUUACGCGCAAUUUUUGAUCGUUAAAAGCCUAAUUAGCCUUAAUUUCUGACUUGUUAUCGUUAAAUUAGACAUCGCUGCAAUUUUAUUCAACUUGGAAAUUGUAGUUUUUAUCACUAUUCAUUAUCUCCUUUGCUCGCAACUUGGAAAAAUUCGCUAAAAGAAAAAUAUAAAGUUUAUAGAAUAACAUUGAUUUUCAAUGAUAGAGUAAGUUUUUCUCAAUUUUCAGUUGGUCGUCAAAACAUCAGCCCGUGCCCAGGCGUUGUUUGAUGAUAAGCAGGGCGGAAUCUCCAAAAGACUUCAAGUUAUCGAGGCGAAUUCGAUCCUCGGCUACGUCGCCCAAACUAUCGACCGUGUUCAACGUUUUCCUCACACCAAUUUUAUCAAGGUUCAUGAUUUUUCUAUCAUUCACGUACAGCUCUUUUCUGCAGUUUCUCGUUAAAAAAAAAUCAUUUUUAUAACAUUUCGCGUCUAAUCUACUCACAGUACCGCCAGAAAAUAUUCGAAAAAAACUUUUGUUUACUUCUUCCUUGUAAGGAGCUCAGUCUUUCUGAAACUGCCCUUUUUUCUCUGCAUGUUGGAUUUUCAUCAUAAUGUUACAAAUAACAAUCUUCAAGACUCCGGAAAGUACCAGAAAGAUUGAAUUCCAUACGAGACUUGGGAAUCAAAGAACUGUUUUUAGGCGAAUUUCUCAAAAUCGAGAAAAAUUAGUUAAUUUUCGUGCAAAGUUCCUUCAAAUUGAUCCCGAAAGCUAUUCGUAUAAUCAACUUGAAACAAAACCUUUCCCUCGGAAAUUUUUCAUAAUUUAAAAAAAUGAACUUUAAAAUUUGUAAUGAAGGUAGUCUCAUUCUCUGAAAAAAAGUUUAACAAAGUUUCGUAGAAGAAAAAUUCUUCAUUUUUUUAUGUGUAGAAUAAUAAGAACUUCAUUUGAAUUGAUAGAGGUUUUUCGAAUUUUUCAGAAAAUUUGUCAGAAUGUCCGUUUACAUACCAAAUUACGGACAAAUCACGGUAGAGAAUUUUUUUUUUUUCGAGAUUUUUAUCCGGAAAAAAUGGCUCAAACCCCCAGAAUGGAACUUUUUAACGGCUUCUGAGGUUUUUGAGGUCUCCUUUAUGCCGUGUUCAAAGUGAUUCCGCGAAAUUCAAAAUAGCCGUCAGAGAAAGAGAAAGAUAACUAAAUUUCGGAGGGUCAGAGAUCAUUUUGCAUUUCGCGGAAAUUACUUUGAACACGGCAUUAUCAAGAACUAGAAUUUUGUGCGGAUAGGGACCUUCAUGAUUUUUUUUAUUGUGCAUCAAGAAUAUUCUGUCCAAUUUUGAGGAAAAUCCGAGCUUCAAAAAAAAAAAUUGGGAUUAUUUUUUUAGUUUCUCAUUAUAAAGUGUCCACGGAGAGCGAAAAAAUGACAAUUUUUGACCACUUUUUUUUCGAUUUAUUCCUAUUGAAUGUUUUUUUUUUCGAUUUUUCACUUUUUAAAAAGGUUAUUAUAGAUCUUCUCCGGCCACGAUACAGUAGUGGGACCGAUUCUCCGAGUUCUUGGCCUGUACAAUAACGAUCCGCCGCAUUAUACGUCAAGAGUUGUUUUUGAGGUAAAAAGAAAAAUGAAAAAAAUCCUUUGAAAAAUCCAAUUUCAGAUCUACGAACACCCGGAGGAAGGAACUCUAUUGAGAAUCCUUCAAAAUGGCCUCGAUGUGACCAAAAAUGUCGAAUUUUGCCGGGAUCAUUUAUUCCUCAAACUUUGCAAAACUCAAGCUUUUCUCGAAUUUUUCAAUAAUUUGUUUAGAAAGGUCGGCGUGAAGAGCAUGAAGGAGGCUUGUCAUGUUUAA